AGCUGGAGGAGGGGAGGAAGGCACAAGGGCUGUACCGACACAUGCCACAACCACUUGCUUAGAGCAGAAAAUCCUUUCACCUGUCAGGAGCUAUCAUUAGAGAAAGCAAUAUUGGAUUUUUUGAACCUGAAAAUGAACUUUUGGAGGAUUUUGCUAGUCAAGUGCUUGCUGCUUUUAUUUCCCAGUGUAAAAUGCUCUGUCAGCAACUGGAUUUACAUGGCUGUGAAUGAGUCGGCUCUUCUCAACAUCACUGCUGCUGCUGGAAGCAUAUAUGAUGCAACAUGGCUGAGAGACAGAAAAAGGUUUCUUCAGAUAAAAGAUAAGAAAGUUAAGUACUACGUGAACAAGGACCAGUGCAGGUGUAAGGUAUUCCUAAAUGGGACUCUGAAAAUAGAGCGGGUGAUGAAAGAGGACAGUGGAAAGUAUACAGUGACUGUGUAUGAGCAGGAUGGAAAAUUGAAGGCAGAAGAAGAUAUAAUGUUCAUUGUUCAGGAGCCUGUCCCUCAGCCAAUCCUGACUGCUGAAUGCAGGAAUAAAACCAUAUUGGUCAAGUGUGAAGCGAAGCAGAAAACCAAAGACGAAACAUUUAUAAUAGAACUGACUCAGGAGAAAAACAAAAAAAUCCAAAAGAAUGCAACAAGUUUGGACUUGACCACGCAGUACUCUGGGAUGUUCAGAUGUGUUCUUAAGAAUCAAGUGAGCAAAAAAAUGGCCGAAAAAGUAAUCAAGUGCCCAGGCCAGCUGGACUUUUAUCUCAUCUUAAGCAUCGCAGGAGGCACAAUCUUCUUUGUCAUCUUUGUGAUUUUGGUUAUUUAUUGUAUCAGGAAGAAGAAAGCAGAAAGGCUUGAAAAUGAAGACGAGGAGCAAAUGAUGCAGGCUCGCCAGGUGGACUGUGAAAUGGUGGUGCGGGAGCUCCCUCAGCCGCCGUGCAACCCUACCCCAAAGCAGCUGCGUGUGCAGCAGCGGCCACUGCCACAGCCCCAGGUGCAGCAGCAAGCACUGCCCCCACGGCCCAGGCCUCGCACUCCGCGGACUCCAAACCACCCGAGAGAAAGACCUUGAAUGUCUCCCCCAGGAGGGAUGGUGGUCUCUCUGCUCCAUCAAUCAUUGGGAAAAGAAAGUUUCCAAUAGUCAGGAACCCCUCCUGCCCAGCCUUGCAUAAAACUCAGCUAUGAAAUGACAGCUUUCACUGCAGAAAAUUAGAGAGAGCAUCAAAUGGAGAUGAAAAGACCCAGUGGAGGAGAUUCAAGGUGAUGGGCAUUCAUCCUUGUGGCCAUUUUUCUUCAAAUGUCUCCAUAUUAGAGUAUGGAGCAUUGAGCCUUGAAAACUGUGUCUUUCUGUGGUUCACAUAUUUUUACUGUACCUUGUUGUUUUCGUGCUUUUUGGAUGGGUUAUAUCAAGAAGAAUCUACAGCCCUAGUAAUGCAUCAUGGACCUAAGGAUCUUACAGUGUUCUAUCACGUAUCUUUUCUUUCUUCUGCCACACUUGAGGACAGCCCUCUGGCUUCAGCAUCAAAUACAUGACCUCCUGGAUCAAAAAAUAUUUGUAUGUAGUUAAAUGCUUGUCUGAAGUCAAAAGAGUUGGUGUCAUCUAAUGCAGAGAAGUCUGAAAGGAGACACGAGAAUCUUGAAGCAUGUAUGUGGGGAAACCACAAGUGGAAAAAGACUAAACUUUCUACUUUCUCUACCAUAUUUAGAUCAGAAACCAUUGGCUUAAAUUGCAAAAUUGCAGCAAGUAAGAGUUAGGUCAGGACAUUUUUUCUUUUCUUUUUUUUUUUUUUGCAAAUGAAGCACUGAAAUAGAUCUCUGGGAAAGGAUCUCCAAAAGUGUGGGUUUCAAAGUGCAGCUGAGGCAGCCGUCUGUGAGGCAUCCUCAUCCUGCUGAGGACCAGGGCAAUGUGCUACACAGCUUCUUCAAGAACUAUUUCAGCUCAUUUUUUGUGACUCCUUGCUGACAAAAAAAAAGAAACUUUAUUCUCAGCACGAGCCCGUUUGGCUAUCCAGACAAUAUUUUAUUUUGUCACAGAAAAAGUCUGGUAUCCAUUGGCUCACGAAACAAGUGUUAUAAACUGCCAAGCAGUCUGAUUACUAGUAGCGUUGUCUGCAUUAUCAUGACUUUUCAUGGUAAGGCCUCCCCCUGAUGGUGAGGGAGUGUGUCCGUUGAUUGUUAGGCACCUCAUGUAUUACCAGGUGAAGAUGGAGAACUGCUGAGAGGUCUCCUUCUCAAAGGGAGAGGUUGGAUUGCAAUAACUGCCUGCAUCACCCUCCAUAUGCUGGGCAAACACUGCUUGCUUCUGUGGUCUUUGGAGAUAGUCACAACCUCCUCUGUGGGAUAGCUGAAGAUCUGAUAGGGGUUACCUUUUUAGAGCAGUGUCUGACUGGGUACACUGGCUGAUCUGGUGUAAGAGGCAGCACAGGUGAAGAAGGAAAGAAUGCAAGAGCCACAGAGUACGAGACAUCCUGCUAGCGUGUUUUUGUAUUAGGCAGAAGAACAUGUUGUACCUCUUUCAGGCUUCACUAUUCUACACGUGCCAGAGAAGUUAAACCAGGCAUCCUUUGUUUCUGUUCAGAAAUGAGACUAUUUUUAUCUUCUGGUACAUGGGCAGAGAAGUAAAUCAUCAGGGAGGAGGAGCUCUCUGCCUCCUCCAGGGCUCAGUCACUUUGCUUGAACCUCAAUGGUGGACGCAGCCACAGGAGUGUCACUUGCUCUCACCUUAGCUUUUUGCAGCUUGUUUAGGGCUUUCACUGUUUAAAGUUGCAUUUGUUAAAUAUUUUAUGGUAUAUUUUGUAACAUAUGCUAUUAUCCCUGUAAUUGAUGAAUAAAGAUUAG